AAUUUUUUAUGUUAGAAUGCAAACGAAUUUGUAAACGUCAUUAAACAUUUUGAAAUCUUUGACAAUUAAUAUGUGGGAGGUUUUAAAAAAGCUUAGGAGAUUCGAUGCUUAUCCAAAAACACUCGAAGACGUAAGAGUUCAAACGUAUGGAGGUGGAACAAUUACCAUCAUUAGUAUCAUUAUCAUGGCCUUAUUAUUUUGGUCUGAACUCAUCGACUACAUGACACCAAAUGUUACAGAAGAAUUAUUUGUGGAUACAUCUAGGAGUCCCACUAUUCAAAUUAAUCUAGAUUUUACAAUUCCAAAGAUUUCUUGUGAUUUUUUAGCAUUAGAUGCAAUGGAUAGUUCGGGAGAGCAACAUUUAGAAAUCAAUCAUAAUAUUUAUAAAAGAAGGUUAGAUCUUGAAGGAAGACCAAUAGAAGAGCCGAAAAAAGAAGAUAUCGCAAUUAAAGUUAAAUCAAAUUCUUCAGAAACAAACAGAACUGAAUGUGGUAGUUGCUAUGGAGCAGCAGAUAGGUGCUGUAACACUUGUGAAGAAGUGAAAGAAGCUUACCGUGAACGUAAGUGGGCGAUAGACAAUCUACAGAAUAUAAGCCAAUGUAAAGAUGAAAAACUUGGUGAGAAACUAAAAACAGCAUUUACACAGGGUUGUCAAAUAUAUGGAAGCCUUAUUGUGAAUAGAGUGAGUGGCAGUUUUCAUGUAGCACCUGGUGAAAGUUUUAGUGUGAGUCAUUUACAUGUUCACGAUGUUCAACCAUUCUCAUCUUCUGAUUUUAAUACCAGUCACAGAAUUAGACAUUUAUCAUUUGGUGCUAGUAUUGAAAGUCAAACCCACAAUCCUUUGAAAGAUACUGAAGCUUUUGCUACAGAAGGUUCCACCAUGUUUCAGUAUUACAUUAAAAUAGUUCCUACAUCGUAUGUUCGGAAAGACGGGACCAUAAUUAUCGCCAAUCAGUUCUCUGUAACUAAACAUCAGAAAGUUGUAUCCAUAAUGAGUGGAGAAUCUGGAAUGCCUGGUAUAUUCUUCCAGUAUGAGUUGUCCCCUUUAAUGGUAAAGUUUUCAGAGAAGGAAAGAUCCUUCGGCCAUUUUGUUACCAAUCUCUGUGCAAUUAUUGGAGGAGUCUACACGGUAGCAGGGCUUUUAGAUUCAUGUUUGUAUCAUUCAAUAAAACUCAUUCAGAGAAAGAUGGAGUUGGGAAAAUUAAAUUAAUAAUGAAACAAAAUUUAG